GAAAACCCCAGUGCUUUCCGCUUUCCGUCCUGUGGAUAACUCGCGCUCGCGGAGACCCCUUGCUUGUGACCUUGGGUGUGUUCGCCGCCGAAUGCCACCACCUGCCGGUGCAAGUUCACGUUAAAAAUUAAGAUUGAGUUGUCUUAAAAGUGGCUCCCAGAAGCCUCACAAACCCACCCACCCACGUGGGAACACAGCACUUGUGGAGGUGGAGACAGGACUGGAACCAGAAUCAGAGUUCAAAUACACCAGAAAAUCUGGGCUCUAAAUUCUUAUGUAAGUUGGAGAGUGACUGACCAACAGCUGGGGACUUUACCAUUCACUGUAAACUUGGGGACAGAUCACUUAUUUCUCUGAAGACUGGAUCCAACAAGCACAAUGAAUACAAGAAUGUGCUGCAGUAGCAUGGUGAAUUCCAGACAAACCCGAGAAUUCCGUACAGCUGGGGAAGGGGGCUCUACUCCUGAGAUGGUCUUAGAAACAGAACUGAUAGAUCUCAGGGAAAGUGAUGAAAUAGUUGACCUCACCUGUGAAUCCCUAGAACCUGCAGUGAUUGACCUAACUUGCCACGACUCUGUUGUGAUUACUGAAGAAAGGAGGAGGCCAAGAGGAAACAAAAGGUCACUCCAAAGGCAAACUGGCAACUGUGUGGUGAGCAGUGAUAAGGAGGAGCUGAGGAGAAACAGAGAUGUGUAUGUGACCAACAGGACCUCCCAUAAUGCCCUGGAAGAAGAAGUUUUAAGUUGCACACUACCUGGUUAUAUCCGGUGUCGAAUUUGUAUGGAUGGGUUCUCGGAGAUUGAACUGAGUAGGCGACAUGUUUACUCUACAGAAUGUGGCCACAUCUUCUGUAGUUGCUGCCUCUGCACUUCCCUUAAAUAUAGUAAAAAUUGCCCAGUUUGUUUGAAAAAAAUCAGCUGUCAUCAGUACCACCGUAUUUAUAUAUGAGGUAUACCGUAUCAUUCAGGACAGACAAAACUUGGGUGGAUUUUUCCAUGUCCUCAUGCAGAAACUGCAGGUUGUUGGCAUCCUAUACACUGGACUCAAAAAGGCUGCUUUAAAAAUUGUUUUCUGGGGUGCUUGGGUGGCUCAGUCAGUUAGCGUCUGGCUCUUGGUUUUGGUUCAGGUCAUGAUCUCACAGUUGGUGAGUUCAAGCCCUGCAUUGGGCUCUGUGCUGACAGUGCACAGCCUGCUUGGAAUUCUCUCUCUCUCUCUCUGCCUUUCUCAAAAUAAAUAAAUAAAAAUGUAAAAAAUUUUCUGGAGUAUAUAAAAAACUUUUUAAUUUCUCACACACUAUGAGACUACUUUUUGAUUCCUUUCGUUUCAUGCUUUAAGGCUGGACUUUGGUUGUCAUCAUAUGCCAGAAGACUAGUGGUUGUCCUCAAAGCAAUUUUUCUUUUUUUUCUCAUAGUAAUCACUUUUUAAUUGACCACAUAUGGGCAUUUUGGAUCAUGUAAACAAGGGCAACAUCCUAGAGAUGGUGGAGCAAGUAGAUGGGAAGAGACUGGGAGACUGACAACUUUGCAGGUCAGAGCCACCAUACAAAUUUGGACUUGUACUUGAGAGACAAAUAAACUUUAUUCUUAUUUAAGCAAC